AUGGCGGUGAAAAACCUGACGGAGGAGAUGGCCUCUCAGGAUGAGAGCAUUGGCAAGCUGAGCAAAGAGAAGAAAGCCCUCCAAGAGGCACACCAGCAGACUCUUGAUGACCUUCAGGCAGAGGAAGACAAAGUCAACACUCUGACUAAAGCUAAGACAAAGCUUGAGCAGCAAGUUGACGAUCUUGAGGGCUCACUGGAACAACAGAAGAAGCUCCGUAUGGACCUUGAGAGAGCCAAGAGAAAGCUUGAGGAUGAUCUGAAACUGGCCCAGGAGUCCAUAAUGGACCUGGAGAAUGAGAAACAGCAAUCAGAUGAGAAGAUCAAAAAGAGGCACUUUGAGAUAAGUCAGCUUCUCAGCAAGAUUGAGGAUGAACAGUUUUUGGGAGCACAGCUUCAGAAGAACAUCAAAGAACUUCAGGCCCGUAUCGAGGAGCUGGAAGAGGAAAUUGAGGCAGAGCGAGCUGCUCCUGCUAAAGUGGAGAAGCAGAGAGCUGAUCUCUCCAGGGAACUUGAAGAGAUCAGCGAGAGGCUUGAGGAAGCUGGUGGUGCCACUGCUGCCCAGAUUGAGAUGAACAAGAAGCGUGAAGCUGAAUUCCAGAAGAUGCGUCGUGAUCUGGAAGAGUCUACCUUGCAGCAUGAAGCUACAGCUGCAGCUCUCCGAAAGAAGCAGGCAGACAGUGUGGCUGAACUCGGAGAACAGAUCGACAACCUCCAGCGGGUCAAGCAGAAGCUGGAGAAGGAGAAGAGUGAAUACAAGAUGGAGAUUGAUGACUUGACAAGCAACAUGGAGGCUGUGGCUAAAGCAAAGGGUUACAUACAGAAGCUGUGCCGCACCCUGGAAGACCAACUGAGUGAAAUCAAGACAAAGAGUGAUGAAAAUGUGCGUCAGCUGAAUGACAUGAAUGCACAACGUGCAAGACUUCAGACUGAGAAUGGUGAAUUUAGCCGCCAACUGGAAGAGAAAGAAGCACUUGUCUCACAGCUAACUAGAAGAAAACAGGCUUAUACACAGCAAAUUGAGGAACUCUAUAAUCAAUUUAUUGAGGAAGAAGUCAAGGUAGAGCUAAGAAUGCUGAGAAUUAUGGUCCUAGCAGAGUGGAAACAGAAGUAUGAGGAAAGCCAGGCUGAACUAGAAGGUGCUCAGAAAGAAGCUCGUUCUCUCAGCACUGAGCUUUUCAAAAUGAAGAACUCCUAUGAAGAAGCUCUUGACCACCUUGAGACCCUGAAGAGGGAGAACAAGAAUCUGCAACAGGAGAUUUCUGACCUCACUGAGCAGCUUGGAGAGACUGGAAAGAGCAUUCAUGAGUUAGAGAAAGCCAAGAAGACAGUGGAGUCUGAGAAAUCUGAGAUCCAGGCUGCACUUGAAGAGGCCGAGGGCACCCUGGAGCAUGAAGAGUCCAAGAUUCUUCGUGUGCAGCUGGAGCUGAACCAGUUGAAGAGUGAGAUUGACAAGAAGCUUGCUGAGAAGGACGAGGAGAUGAAAUCGAUUACUCUCUGGCUGUUCCUCUUGAUCUGUUCUAUGCAGAGCACUCUGGACUCUGAGGUCCGGAGCAGAAAUGAUGCCCUGAGAGUCAAAAAGAAGAUGGAGGGUGAUCUAAAUAAGAUGGAGAUCCAGCUGAGUCAUGCCAACCACCAGGCUGCUGAGGCCCAGAAACAGCUCAGGAACGUCCAAGGCCAACUCAAGAAGAAGCUUGAGGCUGAUCUGGUCCAGGUUCAAGGCGAGGUGGACGAUGCAGUCCAGGAGGCCAGAAAUGCAGAGGAGAAGGCCAAGAAGGCCAUCACUGAUGUGCGUGAGUUGGAGGCUGAAGUUGAAGCUGAACAGAGAGGUGGUGCAGAUGCUGUGAAAGGAGUGCGCAAAUAUGAAAGGAUUGUGAAGGAGCUCAUCUACCAGACUGAGGAAGACAAGAAGAACGUGACCCGACUACAGGAUCUGGUAGACAAGCUGCAGCUGAAAGUGAAGGCCUACAAGCGCCAGGCUGAAGAAGCUGAGGAGCAGGCCAAUACUCACCUGUCCAGGUACAGGAAGGUGCAGCACGAGCUGGAGGAGGCUCAGGAGCGCGCUGACAUCUCUACGUCCCAGGUCAACAAGCUGAGAGCCAAGAGCUUCUCCACAGCUAAACUGGGCUCUACUGUAGUGCCAAGGCACUUGAAGAAGAUUAUGCUCAACAUAAGACCCAAACAAUACAAAAAUGACAAACCACAGUCUAUCUCAAAGAACUUUGCUGGAAAGAAGACCAUUGGUGGCAAUGGCCACGAAAAUAGCACAAUGUUGAGACUACUCCCAUUGAUGAUUGGUAAUAAAGUUCCUGAGGGAUAUGGUGCAUGGAAUGUUUUGAUGGAUUUGAAAGAGCUUGUAGAGCUGGUGUUGUCUCCAUUUGAUGAUGAAUCCAUACAGGAUUUGCAGACUAAGAUACAGGAUCCCAGACAGAUGCUUCAGGAGGUUUUUCCUGAGUUCAGACUGCUCCCUAAGCAUCACUAUGUGGAGCAUUAUCCAGAUCUCAUACGUUGUUUUGGGCCUCUUGUCCAUUUGUGGAUGAUGAGAUUCGAGGGUAAACACCACUUUUACAAGCGUGUGAUGACAGCAGAACCCCAGAAAUUCCUGCUACGUGUUUACAUUGCCUCAGAUGUUGCCAUGAAGGUAACUCUGACAGAGCGGACAAAAUCAGUGGAAGAGCUAAUCAACAUGCUGCGAGAGAAAGUCAAGCCAAGACUGGACUUUGAGUUUACACUGCAAUAUGAGGAUCCUGACUUUGACAGAGAGCUUUGCUGUCUAGUUGAUGUUCAAGACUUACCUGAGAAGGGCACAUUGAAAGUUGUCAGAUCAGAAUCUGAUACCUACACUAAUACCAGUUCUAAUACGGACAUCCUCCCUCAUGUGCCUGUAAGCCAGCGUCAGACGACCUGGCCUGAUAUAUUCCCUGUGCCUACGUUUUCCUAUGAAGUGGAGCAUAUCCUUGAAGAGGGAAAUGUGGCCUUUGAGACAUCUGGAACGAUGCUGAAGUUAACCAGGGCCCAAAGCACAACAUCUUAG